AUGUUGCUUACAUCUGUUACAUCAUUGUUUGCUUUGGCUUCUAUUGUUCAUGGUCAGGAUCAUUUGGAAAUCGUAACAGCUCCUCAAUUUUUAGAACAACCUUUAUCAGGAUUCCAUCAUGGUUCUCAAUCUCCAUUAGGUGUUUCAGAGCAUUACAAUUAUUGUAAUAUGCCUAGAACAAAUAAAGAUACUUAUACAAAAGUUAAUUCAGAUUAUGAGUUGAUCUAUGUUGAAUUGAUUCAUCGUCACCAUAAAAGAACUGCAUAUGCAUCUAAUUUAUUACCAGGAGAUAUUAAAGAAGAUUAUAUGAAAUAUCCACAAAUUACCACUGGUGGUAAAAUAGAUUCUUUCAAUCAUGGUAAAGAUUUAUAUGGUGUUUAUCAUGAUGUCCUGGGUUUUUUACCAGAUGAAUAUGACUCCUCAAAAGUUGAAUAUAGAGUGACAAAUAAUAACAUUACUACUCAAGUUUUCAAUUCAUUAAUCAAAGGAAUGUAUCCAAGUUAUAACAUCACACCUGAAUUAAGAGAAGAUGAUAAUUUAGAACCAAAUUUAAAAUGUAAACAAGGUGAUGAUUUGAAAACUGCAAUCAGAUCUACUCCAACUUGGUACCAAGAAACAAAUUUAACCAUUUAUAAAGAAUUAGGUGAUCAAGAUGGUGUUAAUGCAAAAGAUCAACCAAGUUUCUUCAAUUCAAUUGAUCAUUUCUUUGACAACUUAUCAUCAAAAACAUGUGCAGGUGAUGCAAUUAAUGUUACAGAAUCCCAAUUCAAUACAGUUAUGAAACUAGGACAUUGGGAAUAUGAUUAUACUUUUAGACAAUCACCAAAUGCAACUGCUUAUGGUGCUUAUAAAUUUGGUAAUUUCACAUUAGAAUUAGCAUCUCACUUCCAAAGUGCAAUUGAUGGUGAAUCACCAGUUAUUUAUAAACAUAAUAUUGCACAUGAUGGUUCAAUUUCUGCUUUGACUGCAUUGAUUAAAGAUUUUACACAGAUUAAACUUUUCCAAUGGCCAGGUAUGGGAUCUGAAUAUGUUUUUGAAUUAUAUAAGAAGAAUGAUGAUCAUUAUUUAAGAAUAUUAUAUGCUGGAAGAGAAUUAACUUUCACUUCAGUGGAUGAGUUCUUUGGUUAUUUGGACAAUAUUAAAGUAUCUGAUUAUAGUACACAAUGUUCUGCAUGA